AUGCCUGAGAGCAGCGGCCGCAUGAUGGAGGAGGAGGUGGAGACCUUUGCCUUUCAGGCUGAGAUCGCUCAGCUCAUGUCCCUCAUCAUCAACACAUUCUACUCCAACAAAGAGAUCUUCCUCAGAGAGCUCAUCUCCAACUCUUCUGAUGCUCUGGACAAAAUCAGAUACGAAAGCUUGACAGACCCCAGCAAACUCGACUCUUGCAAAGACCUUAAGAUUGACAUCACGCCUGAUCUUCUCGCCCGCACUCUCACCAUCCUGGACACUGGCAUCGGCAUGACCAAAGCCGACCUCAUCAACAACCUGGGCACCAUCGCCAAGUCGGGCACCAAGGCCUUCAUGGAGGCUCUGCAGGCUGGGGCAGAUAUCUCCAUGAUCGGGCAGUUUGGAGUGGGUUUCUACUCCGCAUACCUGGUAGCAGAGAAAGUCACAGUGAUCACCAAACACAAUGAUGACGAGCAGUACAUCUGGGAAUCUGCAGCUGGAGGAUCUUUCACUGUCAGGCCAGAUACAGGGGAGCCCAUUGGUCGAGGCACAAAGGUGAUCCUCCAUCUUAAAGAGGACCAGACUGAAUACUGUGAAGAGAAACGCAUCAAAGAAGUCAUCAAGAAGCACUCUCAGUUCAUUGGCUACCCCAUCACACUCUAUGUGGAGAAAACCAGAGAGAAGGAGGUUGACCUGGAGGAGGGAGAGAAAGAGGAGGAAGUGGACAACAAAGACGCCGCUGCCGCUGACAAACCAAAGAUCGAAGACAUUGGCGCCGACGAGGAUGAGGACAGCAAAGACGGACAGAACAAGCGCAAAAAGAAGGUGAAGGAGAAGUAUAUCGACGCUCAGGAACUCAACAAGACCAAGCCCAUCUGGACCCGUAACCCUGACGACAUCACCAACGAGGAGUACGGAGAGUUCUACAAGAGUCUAACCAAUGACUGGGAGGACCACCUGGCUGUCAAGCACUUCUCGGUGGAGGGUCAGCUGGAGUUCCGCGCUCUACUUUUCGCUCCCAGACGUGCUGCUUUCGACCUGUUUGAAAACAAAAGGAAGAGGAACAACAUUAAACUCUAUGUGCGCAGAGUCUUCAUCAUGGACAACUGCGAGGAGCUCAUCCCAGAAUACCUCAACUUCAUUAAGGGUGUGGUGGACUCUGAGGAUCUGCCCCUGAACAUUUCCAGAGAGAUGCUUCAGCAGAGCAAAAUCCUGAAGGUGAUCCGCAAAAACCUGGUGAAGAAGUGUCUGGAGCUGUUCAGUGAAAUCUCAGAGGAUAAAGACAACUACAAGAAGUUCUACGAGCAGUUCUCCAAAAAUAUCAAGCUUGGUAUCCAUGAAGAUUCCCAGAACAGGAAGAAGCUGUCUGAGCUCCUGCGUUACUACACCUCUGCCUCUGGAGAUGAGAUGGUGUCCCUCAAAGACUACGUGGCUCGCAUGAAGGACAACCAGAAACACAUCUACUACAUCACUGGUGAGACCAAAGACCAGGUGGCCAACUCAGCGUUUGUGGAACGUCUUCGUAAAGCUGGUCUGGAGGUGAUCUACAUGAUUGAGCCCAUCGAUGAGUAUUGUGUCCAGCAGCUGAAGGAGUUUGAUGGGAAAACUCUCGUGUCUGUGACCAAAGAGGGACUGGAGCUGCCCGAAGAUGACGAAGAGAAGAAGAAACAAGAAGAACUUAAAGUUAAAUUUGAAAACCUUUGCAAAAUCAUGAAGGACAUCCUGGACAAGAAGAUUGAGAAGGUCACCGUAUCCAACCGCUUGGUCUCGUCUCCCUGCUGCAUCGUCACCAGCACCUAUGGGUGGACUGCCAACAUGGAGCGCAUCAUGAAGUCUCAAGCCCUCAGAGAUAACUCCACACUGGGAUACAUGACAGCCAAGAAGCACCUGGAGAUCAACCCGGUCCACCCCAUCAUCGAGACUCUGCGGGAGAAGGCAGAGGCCGAUAAGAAUGAUAAGGCUGUGAAGGACUUGGUGAUUCUGCUGUUUGAGACAGCGCUCCUGUCCUCCGGUUUCACACUGGACGACCCACAGACACACGCCAACCGCAUCUACAGGAUGAUCAAACUCGGACUGGGCAUUGAUGAGGAGGACUCCCCAGUGGAAGAUCUGAUUCAGCCAGCAGAGGAGGACAUGCCUGCUCUGGAGGGAGACGAUGACACUUCCAGAAUGGAGGAAGUUGACUAAACUACCACCAUCCAAUUUUAC